AUGAUCCACAACAAGCGUCGACGUUUGAUCUUUCAGCUAUCACAUCUCUUUCAACGUGGUGCUGAGGACUUGGCUCGAAGGCUGCUGCAGAACCCUAGCGAAUAUAUGCAGUCGUUGUCUGAUUUCAUAACGGAAAGGACAAGGAGCAUUGACCCGAAGUUUCUGAAGGAAGGGGAGCAAGUAUUGGUUGGAUUUGAUGGACCAUUUGUUUCGAGGAAGGUUACGCCCAGAGAUCUCCUUUCCGAGUUUAUUGGUUCCAUGGUAAAAGUUGAGGGGAUAAUUACCAAAUGUUCUCUUGUAAGGCCAAAGGUUGUUAAAAGCGUUCAUUUUUGCCCUUCAACUGGGCAAUUCACAGCUCGUGAGUAUCGAGAUAUUACUUCUACAAUGGGUUUGCCUACAGGUUCCGUGUAUCCGACCCGGGAUGACAAUGGCAAUUUGUUAGUAACUGAAUAUGGGCUGUGUCAAUACAAAGACCAUCAAACAUUAUCAAUGCAAGAAGUGCCUGAGAAUUCUGCUCCUGGUCAAUUACCAAGAACUGUUGAUGUCAUUGCAGAAGAUGACCUGGUAGAUUCAUGCAAGCCUGGAGACCGUGUGGCAAUUGUUGGGAUAUACAAAGCUAUUCCAGGAAAAAGUCAGGGCAGUGUGAACGGAGUUUUCAGGACCGUGCUUAUAGCAAACAAUGUUUCUUUGCUGAACAAAGAGGCAAAUGCUCCAGUUUAUAGUUCUGAGGACAUAAAAAAAAUUAAGCAGAUAGCUGAGAGAGAUGAUACAUUUGAACUGCUCUCGAGAUCACUUGCACCUUCAAUUUAUGGGCACUCAUGGAUUAAGAAGGCAGUUAUUUUACUGAUGCUUGGUGGAACGGAGAAGAAUCUAAAAAACGGGACUCACUUAAGAGGUGACGUUAACAUGAUGAUGGUUGGGGAUCCUUCUGUUGCCAAGUCACAGCUUCUUAGAGCUAUUAUGAAUAUUGCACCUUUGGCAAUAUCAACUACAGGUCGUGGUUCUUCUGGGGUUGGAUUGACAGCGGCUGUUACGUCCGAUCAAGAAACAGGAGAAAGAAGGCUAGAAGCUGGUGCAAUGGUUCUUGCAGACAGGGGUGUAAUCUGUAUUGAUGAGUUUGACAAAAUGAAUGAUCAAGAUCGUGUAGCAAUACAUGAAGUUAUGGAGCAGCAGACUGUAACUAUUGCAAAAGCUGGUAUUCAUGCAUCAUUGAAUGCUCGAUGCAGUGUGGUAGCAGCUGCAAAUCCUAUCUAUGGAACGUAUGACCGUUCAAUUACUCCAACAAAGAAUAUUGGACUGCCUGAUUCCUUGCUGUCUCGAUUUGAUUUGCUGUUUAUUGUGUUGGACCAAAUGGACCCUGUUAUAGAUCGACGCAUCUCUGAUCAUGUAUUGCGUAUGCACCGUUUCCGCUCUCAAUAUGCUUCUUUAGGCGAGGAUUCAAUUUCAAUGUAUGGAAGGGAGGAUGAAUCUGAAGCAGAUGGUUCAGUCUUUGUUGAGUACAAUCGAAUGCUACAUGGGCGAACAAGAGGUAGGAGACCUCAUGUUGAAGCUCUGAAAAUCAAGUUUCUUAAGAAGUACAUACAUUAUGCAAAGCACAGGAUUCAGCCAGAUCUCACUGAUGAGGCAUCUGAGUACAUUGCAACUGCAUAUGCAGAGCUUAGAAACACUGGUGGCAAUAGCAGCAGGACAGGAGGAACGCUUCCAAUAACCGCCAGAACCCUGGAGACAAUAAUUCGUCUUUCUACAGCACACGCCAAACUUAAAUUGAGCAAACAGGUACUGAAAUCUGAUGUAGAAGCUGCGUUGAGAGUUCUCAACUUUGCUAUUUACCAUCAAGAGUUGACUGACAUGGAAGAGCGUGAGCAACAACAGGAGAAGGAGCUGGAGAAAAAGCGGAAAGCUGAUCAUGAUGAAAACAAUGACCAUAGCGGAAGAAGAAAUGGAAAGCCUGAUGCUGAUGAUGACACUCAAACAAGGGCUGAGGAAGCAAUGGAAGUAGAUGAAGCUCCAGUGGUAGAAACCAUCUCUCCCGAGAGGGUUGCUGCAUUUAGGUCAGCAUUUGAGCAGCAUCGACAUGAAAAGCGAUUUGAGCAAAUAAGUAUAACAGAAAUCGAGCAGGUGGUUAACCAUCGGGCAGCAGUACCUUACUUGAGGGCAGAGAUAAUGUUCCUCCUAGAGAGCUGGCGAGACGAGGGACGGGUAAUGCUCGUUGAUGAUGUUGUUUAUCCCACAUACUGAAAGGGAUGUUGUAACUUUCUUUCUAACUUAUGCUAUGUGAAAUUAACAUCUACUUUCCAGUACUAUUUAGAUUGUUUUAUACUUACUUUUGAAAAUAGACUUCAAUUAUUGUGGAUGGUUCCAAUCUUGUUCUAAUGGUUUUCUUUCUUUGUGGAACUGUAACACUAAUUUGACUGUCUAAUGUCAACAAUGUCAAAAUCA